GCUCUCCCAGCCCACUCAGUCCCCCUCGGAGCCGGAGCCAGCGCCGCCGCCAUGUCUUCCGGGGCCAGCCUGAACGCCCUGCAGCGCCUGGUGGAGCAGCUCAAGCUGGAGGCCGGCGUGGAGCGGAUCAAGGUCUCCCAGGCGGCGGCAGAGCUUCAACAGUACUGCAUGCAGAAUGCCUGCAACGAUGCCCUGCUGGUCGGCGUCCCAGCUGGAAACAACCCCUUCAGGGAGCCCAGAUCCUGUGCUUUAUUCUGAAGACUGUAUGGAAGAUGUUCCCUGAGGAAUGCUUUCAGCUGCAAAGUAACGAAUGCCUGCCUCCAAGUCUCGUGAACACAUGUUUCGCCAGCCAAAUGACUUAGGUGUUUCAGACCUGUUCUGUGGCCCUAUCACAAAAUUCUACAGAAAUUGAUGCAUUUCUAUUCAAAUAAGGAAAUUGGGUGAAACCGUGACUUUUAAAUACUAAUGGCCUGGUUUGUUGGUGAAGUGCUUUAUACUUAAACAAAUACCUUAUCAUCAAAUACACCAAAAUGCACCUCUUUCAUAAGCAAAUUCCUGGUGUUUCUAUACCUGGAAUAUUAUGUGUUUUACUUACUGGUUUAUAUUUUGGGAAGGAAACAUUUUUGUUUACUUAAAAACCCUGCAUAUUAGUAACUUUUUUAUAUUAUAACAAAAUUUGUUCUUCAUGAAUUUACAAUUUCUAAGUGAAGACAAGCAAGAAAAAUUGGGGAAGAAUAAGUGCUAUUAAUGAAAUGACAGGUGGACUUUUCUAAAUGAGGAGAUUCUCUUAUUUUUAACACUAAGUAUGGGAGCUAUUUCUUAGCAAACUUGUUUGAAAAGAUUAAUGUUUAUAUAAGAUUGCCCCGUUCUGUGUUUGAAGCAGAGUUGAUCUUUGUUUUUUAAAUGCCUCUAUUUUAUAGUUGUGCUUGUACUUUAAAAACAAUAUUACUUGAUGUCUUUAAAAUGUUAAAAAUAUAACCUAUAGCAUAUUGCAAUGGUUAAAAACUAAGUAGUAUGCAAAUGUUACAAGUGAAAUGCAUUCUUACACAUGUGUUUAUUUUGAUGAUAUGCCUUUGAUUUAAUUUGUGACACUUUUAAAGAAUAUUUUGUGUUUGUAAUAAUAGUCUCUGAAGAACUUGGAAAUAAAAUUUCUGCUUAACUCAUUUUCUACCAUAG